AUGGAAAAAUUUGUUCUUCAGAGCGGAGGCAAGAUUAUUCUUAAUUAUUUGGCUUAUUUUUUAAUAGGUGGUUUGUCAAGUGCUGAAAAACGAGUUAUAAGCUAUGUGUGCUGCAAUCUUACAUCAUUUUUAUCCCUAAAUCAUAAGACAACACGUGCCGUUUUCCGAGAUGAGUUAAGGGAUGAGUCACAUUACCGGUUUGCACUCUUUUUUAAAUUAAUCAUGUAUUAUUAUAGGAAAACUGUGUUGCCAAAGGCAUAUGAUGCUGUAAAACGUAAAAUAAUGCUGGAGCUGGCGGAUUCAAAUUUUCUUUCUUUUACAACUGAUAUAUGGUCUGGGCCAACUGAAUCAUUUUUAAGGUUUUUUUGA